AUGAAUGGAGGAAUGGAGCAUAAAACCCCAGUUCAUAACGCAGUGCUUCACAAAGCACCCAAAAACUAUAAAUUGCUGAUAGACCCAUUUCUUGUAAAAGGAGUUACAAAAUUGUACAGAUAUGAUGGAGUGGUUCCUGGCGAUAAUACAUAUCCAUCUGUGCAGUGCAGGGAUCCAAGAUCUCAGCUUUCUAGAAUCUGGAAUAAGUUAGAACCUGCUGAUUUGCCAGUGCCUAGAUUCAGAAUUGAUAAAAACUACGUUGGUAUUCCUCCGCAAUUAGAAAUAACUAUUGGAAAUUUAAACGACAAUAUUGAUAAAGCUUUUUUGGCCGACAUGAUGAACAAAGUUGGUCCGUAUGAGGAACUGACAAUAUUCUACCAUCCGAUAACAAACAGGCAUUUGGGAUUUGCUCGAGUAGUAUUUCAAGACAUCAAGUAUUCAAAAAUGUGUAUUGAGAAAUACAAUGGUAAAUCUGUGAUGGGUCAGGUGCUUGAAGUAUUUCACGAUCCAUUUGGUAAAAAAUGUCAAGAGAUGUUUGAAGAUAAAACGAUGGAAAGAAAACCACCACCAGUAACAUUAGUUCCAAAAGUGCCAACUGUAGUAGAGGAUGUUCGAGCCACUAAACUUGAUCCUGCCCUUAGCAAGAGAUUAGAGGAUACUAAAUUAACUGAAAAGGAGCCAUACCCUCGUUACAAGGACAUAGAACAUAAUGAUAGCAACACACGUUGGUCGGAUGAAGAGAGAGAAUAUAGGCACCGGCAUCGCAACCGGAGCGAGAGAGAUAGAGAUGUAGACAGAGACAGAGACAGGGAGAGGGAGAGAGAGAGAGAUAGGGAGAGACACAGGGAGCGGUUCGCGCGCGAGGGCGAGCCGUACGCGGGCGCGGCCGCGGCCGAGCUGCCGUUCGCGCCCGCGCCGCUGCCCUACGAGCCCUACUACCAGCCCGGCUACGGCUACAGCUACGGCGGGGGGGCGGGGUCGGGGAUGUGGUGGGGCGACUGGCGCGCACCGCACGCCUCGCAUCACCACCCUUCGGAGCAGCCUGAGUGGAGCGAGGCCCGCGAGCCCUCCCCCCGGCCGCCGCGCGUUGUCGACACUGACAAGGAGGUAGAGGUGGUAAAGGGUAAGAGCGAGGAGCCGGCGCCCCCGCAGGAGGCUGUGGCGCCGAAGGAGCCCGAGCCCAAGCCUCCGCCGCCCGCAGACGAGCCAAAGAACGUCGAUCUUGACACCAGGAUCGCUAUGCUAUUAAAAGGUGCAAGCGGCGGUGGAGGUCUUGCACCGCCAUUUCUAUCUCUUGGCAUGUCUUCCGAAGAAGAGGAUGACGAUCGCCUCCCUGCUAAGAUACCAGAUCUGGAUGCUCACAAUCCGCCCACGGAUGACGAAGGUUCUGGUAGUGAAGAUAGAGAAAGCAUAAUAUCCUUUAAUCAGAAUAAAGAAGUAGAUCCUGAACCUUUGUCAACCACACCAUCUCCAUAUUUGAGCCGGGAGUACUAUCUGGAAUGCCUCAAAAUUACUGUAGAAAAGAAAGCAAAAGAAGAACGCAGGAGGUUGCCCGAAAUCGAUAAAAUUGGCUCCGAUAUAUCUUCAUCAGAAGAUGAGUUGUUAACUGGAGAGGAACCGCGUCGGUCUCCCGCUGCGUCGCCGGACAAAGACCAGGACAAUUUGGACGAUGACCAGAUGUCCUUGUCGUCGCUAUCGUCUACGGAGGCUAAGAUAGAAGAGCAGGUCCCCGCCGAGGCGUACUACUAUCCUCCGGCGCCGCACCCGCACUACUAUCAGCCUGUGUGGCCCGCCGCGCCCUACCCCGGCGUGCCCGACGUGGCGCUGGCCUACGGCGCGGGCGCGUUCGCGGCGCCCCCGCUGCUGCCGCACCACUACCCGCAGCACGACCACCUGCAGCAGCACCAGGAAUUGGACAACCCGUAUUAUCCCACAAUAAAUAGCGUAAUAGAACGAGUGACGACUGAAUUGAAAUUAAUUUUGAAGAAAGAUUUUAACAAGAAAAUGAUAGAGAGCACCGCUUUUAAGAACUUUGAGGUGUGGUGGGACGAGCAGAGUCGUAAAACGAGACAAACUGCCAAGCCGCUGAAGGAGGAAGUUGGACAACCAUUGCAGGAUAUAUCAAAUAAGAAAGAAGAAGCAGUAGAUUCGAUCAAGUCGAUAAUGGAAUCUCGAGAGUUAGGCUUAGACCUCGGCGGGUACACUAUAGGUAUCGGGCUCGGGCUACGCGCCGCGAUACCUAAGAUGCCGAGCUUCAGGAAGAAACGGAAAAUACCUUCCCCGGUCGUCAUGGACGAGGACUCUUCAAAACGUCUCAGUGAUCAAGAGGAAAUUGUUCAAAAUUCGGAUGAAGAGAAAGAAGUUCCUACAAGUCCAAGAAAUAGAACAACAGGGUCUUACUUAUCGUCGGGCAGAAGACGACCGUCGAGUAGCUCGUCAAGGUCGUCGUCGUCGUCGUCGUCCCGCUCGUCGUGGUCGGGCUCGGAGCGCCGGCCCGCCGCGCCGCGCCUCUACUCCGAUAGCGACGACUCCGAGCUGGACGAGGCCGAGUUCAAGGUCAUUUCUAAUAAGGAGCGGCUGAGGCGAGUCUACUCCUCGUCAUCGGACAGCGAGGAAGAGCAGAGAAGGAGAGAAAAAACUCCAAUACCACCCGUCGAAGCUUCCGACGACCGACUCGGGUCGCCUAUAUUGUCUCCCGAGGAGGAGCCUAGAGAUUCGUUGCUAGACAGAGUGUAUUCAGACUCGGAAGAAGAAAGAGAAUAUCAGGAGAGAAGAAGACGUAAUACGGAAUACAUGGAGCAAAUAGAGCGGGAAUUCUUAGAAGAACAGAGACGUAAAAUGGAAGUGGAGGCAGGACCGCCACCUGAUAAGGCUCCCGAUGAAAGUAAACCUGAACCCAAAAAAGAGGAAUCUAGAAGUAGCCCUUCAAAGAACCAUCUCAAAUCACCUAAAACUAACAAAGCGGAAGCCGAAGUUGAGGAAGGUGAGAUUACGUCUGAAGAGGAACCUCUCGAGGCGAGGCGAAAAAAGGAUAGAAGACAAAACAAGAAACAAGACAAGAGACAGAGGAUAUCGUCAGUCAGUGAUCACAGUCAUACCGAGUCUGCAGUCAGUGUCAACGGAGUCAAAGAAGCAAGCAGUGCGCUUUCGGAAACCUCGUCGCCACAGUCGCAAGCAUCGCAGGCGUCACAUGCAUCGCAGGUGGCGCUCGACCACUCGUACUGCCGCCCGCCGCCGCGUGACCAGCCGCCCAACCACUUGCAGCACGACCACGGUUACACCUGGAUGGCCGAACCGACGAUCGACUCGCCUCAAAUUGAAAGCGACGACCUCAAGCCGCAAAAGGAAACUAAGAAACCGUACAAGAGAAAACAUGAAACUAAAAAGUUGGCCGAAAUACAGAAUAAGUAUGCGGAGCCUGUGUUCGCGCGCGCGUCGUUCAAGGCGCGCGACAUCAUGGCGGAGAUGCAGGUGAUGUACGAGUUCCUGACGCGCGGCAUCGACCGCGAGGACGUGCAGUUCCUGCGGCGCGCCUACGAGGCGCUGCUGGCGCAGGACGCGCAGGGCUACUGGCUCAACGACACGCACUGGGUCGACCACCCGCCCACCGACCUCGCCUACGCGCCGCCCCGGAAGAAGUCCAAGCGGCACGCCAACAUGUACGAGGACCUGCAGAGCCACUCGAGUGGCUCGGCGCGUACAGAGGGCUACUACAAGCUGGACGCGCGGCUGAAGGCCAAGUACAAGUACCACCACGGCCGCGCCGCGCCGCCGCCUGACGACAAGAAGGCGUCCAAGAUGCAGCUGCUGUCCCGCGAGGCGCGCUCCAACCAGCGCCGCCUGCUCACUGCCUUCGGAACCGAUACAGAUUCUGAUCUGCUUAAGUUCAAUCAACUCAAAUUUAGAAAGAAACAGCUCAAGUUUGCUAAAUCUGGCAUACACGACUGGGGUUUAUUUGCUCAGGAGCCGAUAGCGGCGGACGAGAUGGUGAUCGAGUACGUGGGGCAGAUGGUGCGGCCCAUCGUGGCCGACGUGCGCGAGGCGCACUACGAGGCCACGGGCAUCGGGAGCUCGUACCUGUUCCGCAUCGACCUGGACACCAUCAUCGACGCCACCAAGUGCGGCAACCUGGCGCGCUUCAUCAACCACAGCUGCAACCCCAACUGCUACGCGAAAAUAAUAACGAUAGAGUCCCAAAAGAAGAUAGUAAUAUACUCGAAGCAACCGAUCGGCGUCGACGAGGAAAUAACGUACGACUACAAGUUCCCACUCGAAGACGAGAAAAUCCCGUGCCUCUGCGGGGCGCCGCAGUGCCGCGGGUACCUCAACUAAACGCGCCGCAGUGCCGCGGGUACCUUAACUGUACCUGCCAAAAUGCCGCGGGUACCUCAACUAUACCUGCCAAAGAGCCGCGGGUACCUCAACUGUACACGCCAAAGUGUCGCGUGUACCUCUUUGCCAACAGCGUGCGAGGCUCCCGGGCCAGAGGGGCUUAGUCGACGAGUUCACGGCUAAUGUUAUCCACAACAACAUAUACCUACCUACUCAUAUCUUAAUGAAGCAAGGGCUCCUGCUCAAUUUAAAAAAUAAAUGAACUUCCUUUUUUACCGCGUUCAAAUAAAAUUUGAUACAAGGCCCGUUAAGAACUAUAUACCUUUAAAUCUAUAUUUGUACGUUUAUUAUUUUGUUUUUGUUUAAAAAAAGGGAAUGGACAUCAGUAUUAUCACAUUUAAUCUCAAACGUUUCAGUAACUCAAGCACAAAAUACACUUCGUUUAACGUCGACUUUAAUUCAUCUUCAGUCUUUUAUUCGUAUUUGUAUGUAUUUUUUAUUACAAAUUUAUUUUCUACUUUAAAGUGCAAUAUAUACUGCCUGCGCCAAGCAACUUUUUUUUUACGUUUUCCAUUCAAAAAUAUACUUCUAUUUGGUCUUGAUGAUCUAUGUUUGCUGAAAUGUUCUCAUACAAAAUUAAAAAAAAUCUACGAAAUCUCAAUACAAUUGUCUAGCCGAAUGACUUUGUGAAAUAUGAAAUAAAAUUACUUAUUUCUAAAUUUGAAUUAAGAAUCAAUUAAUUAAAACUUGGAUUGUUUGAUUAACUCGAUAACUCGAUAUUAAACGAAUAUACAUACUAAACGCCUUAUUUACGCUUUUUUUAUAACAUGCAAUGAAUUUUUAGUUGCGAAUCCUAAAAUAGUAUGAACAUAAUUUGCGACUGUCUCAAAUGAAGAAUCGCGUCACAUUAUUGUAUAAAGUGAGUUGGAUAAUCAUGUGCUUGUGGCGUGAGACCCUUAUGCGUUUCAUUUUCCUAAUCAGUAUCGAGCCCGUGCAGCCGUGUCAUUAACUGUUUUUAAUGAGUCCUGUAUUAUACUGUUUUGACUGAUUCUAAGAUAAUUAGAGUUUAAGAUGUCAAGAUUACAUGCUGUAUAAUUUUUGUGAUGUAUAUUGUAUUUGUUUAAAAAGAGAUCUCGACUGCUUGUCAGACUUAUUGUAGUACAGUUUGAAGUACAUGUUUUGUGUGCUGAUUUGACAAAUGCAAGCGUUUCUGUUUUAAUUUCUUUUAUUAUAUUUUCUCAAAGGAAUUAUAAAUGUAACAGAAUAUAAUAGAAAAUAAAUCCUUAAAUUUGUCCUUUUAAAUACACAUCGUACUACUAUUUAAUGUAAAAUGUAUAAGAAUGUAAAUAAAAGAUGUCAACAAUUUUAAAA